CGCAGAUCUACUCCUCUGAUUAGCUGCAUUAAAGUGAUUGGCAGUUCAAAUAGCCAAUGGGCGUGUCUAGAAAUGAGAUUAGCCAAUGGGCGUUCGGGAGGCGGAGCCAGGAUAGGAGCGGGAUUUUAGAAUAUCUGACGGACGCCUCCCGGUACGAGCGCUGCGGCCGCCAUGUCACUCACGAAGGUGAAGGUGGAGAAGACGGAUCUGGAGGCGGCGAGCGCUCGUAGUCGUCUGGAUGCCGUCCUGAAGGGGCUGGUGGACCAGAGCGAGGUGGACAGGGAACAGAUGGAGGACGAGAGCGGAAAAGCAUCCACGGACCCGCAGUGCAAAGACUCUUCUCCAUCUGCUGCCGGAAAGAGACCCUCCGUGCGCCCCUCUCACCACCGCCGGAAAAAAAGAAAAGAAGAGGAUGGAGUCCCCGAAUCAGUGCUCCCCAAGACCAACACUUUUGUCAUCCGCCUCUUCGAUCGCAGUGUGGAUUUGGCGCAGUUCUCAGAGGACACCGCCCUGUACCCCGUCUGCCGGGCCUGGCUCCGGAAUUCUCCAGGAACCAAAGCCCCGGAGCCCCCUCCGACACCUCCGCCAUCAGAAGAGGGGGACGUAGUGAACGGAAGUUCUCAGAAUAUCUAUCACCUACCUCCCCCAUCAUCCUGCCCACUAACAGGAACGGGAGAACCAGUUAACCUGAGGAUACCGUCACCCCUCCCCCAAGAAGUGGAGCCCCUCGACAUCAACACGCCCCCAGAGAUGACCCCCAGCAUGUCCUCCCUCAUCUACCAGAACAUGACUCGGUGGAAGAAGAUCCGGCAGAGAUGGAAAGAAGCUUCGUACCGGAACCAGCAGCGCUACGCGCAGAGCAUGAAGGUCCUGAAGGAGAUGUACGAGCGGCAGUGAGGCGGCCCCGGCCCAUCACGACACCGGGGGUCCGGAGGGGUCAGGGGGUGAGAUGUAUUAGAAGGGGAUGAAUUGUAGUGAAGAGUUUUGGGGUUCGGGGCGUCGGCAGAUAUUAGGGGGUCGUCCUGUGAGCGUGCACUCACCUGGGGCACAUAGGACCUAAUGUGCCCAACGAUCUGUGUAGUGCAGUGCUGCAAAACUACAACUCCCAGAAUGCUCGGACAGCCAAUGGCUGUCCGGGCAUGCUGGGAGUUGUAGUUUUGCACCAGGUAGUUGGGAAUUGCUGGUGUAGUGAUUGGGAUAUGUUCUUGUAUUGAAGGACAGACAUGUGAUGGCGGCCAUAUUGGAGGAUAUCCUGCGAUAUAGAUAUACAGAGGAGGGGGGCUGCCGCACACGGAUCAUGUGGGGGGCAGCCGCACUCGGAUCAUGUGGGGGGCUGCCGCACACGGAUCAUGUGGAGGGCCGCCGCACACGGAUCAUGUGGGGGGCUGCCGCACACGGAUCAUGUGGGGGGCCGCCGCACUCGGAUCAUGUGGGGGGCUGCCGCACACGGAUCAUGUGGGGGGCCGCCGCACUCGGAUCAUGUGGGGGGCCGCCGCACUCGGAUCAUGUGGGGGGCUGCCGCGCACGGAUCAUGUGGGGGACCGCCUCACACGUAUAGACUCUUGUCUCCAUCUUCUGUUUUUAACCCUUUUCCAGCUGGUUUUAUGUUAUUGGGGGAGAUCCGGGAUUUUGAAAACACUUUAUUGAAUUAAACGUCUGCUCCACAUAGACGGCGGUUUUAUUUUACGUGUUUCCAGGCCGGGGGGUUUCCCUUAGUCGCCUUUUAUGGAUUUUCGUCUUGUCUGUGCAGUUUAUGAUAAAAUAUUAUAUUCGA